UCGAGCACAGAGCAAUCGGAUCUCUCAAGCUCAGCUCAGACAUAGAUGUACUGUAGUCAUUCAGCAGUCGAUGGGAUAGCGUUCCCAUCACAGCAGCAGCAACAGCCAUGCCAUCAAUCAACAUCCUUGUAGCCGAGCACAAUCAAGUCAUGGGAAAGGUCAUCGCCAGGCAGAUAGACACAUUAGGUCUCAAUUGCGUGUACGAUUUCGCAUGCAACGGCCAGGAAGCUUUCGAAGCAUACAAGAAAGGGUACCAGACAUAUCAGUGCAUCUUGAUGCAGCCCUCGAUGCCCGUCAUAGAUGGUUUGUAUGCCACAAGACUCAUUCGCGCAUUCGGAACCGAGAACAGUCUGAAACCAUGCUACAUUGCAGUGAUGGCUGCUGGCAUAUCGAUGGCGCUAGACAUGGAGAGGACACGCAGUCUUGGGUUUGAUGCCUUGAUUCAGAAGCCUUUCAAGGCAGAGAGGGCUUAGAACGCCUUUUGGUUGAGCUAGGUCUAGUUACCAAAAGGCCAGCAGAGACAUCGUGAGACUGAAAAGGAAGGAAAAGUCAGUUUCAUCAAGUCAAGUAUUGCAACUAAAAUCAGCCCAGCAGAUUCACGUAAAUAAGAAAUAAAUAACAUCAAGAUCCU